UCCUCGAUUCGUUCCGAAUGGUUCUGCGUCAGCUGCAGUUUACAUUGCAAACAUGAAGGAGUUCGACGAUUCCAAAUUUAGCGUUGAGAAAUAUACCAAAGACCUAACGCGAGAAUGUGUGGGUGGCAGCGAUUUGCAGCAGCGGAAAAAGGAAAUCGAGGCUUACAACGAAACAACGGCCGCAACACUCAAGCAAACAUGCAAAAAGAACUACAUGGAAUUUAUACAGACGGCCAAGGAGAUAUCACAUCUCGAGUCGGAAAUGUACCAACUGUCUCACAUUCUGAUUGAGCAGCGCAACAUAUUAGCCACCAUGACUGAUGCAAAAACCUCAAGCCACCUAAAAGCUGAAAGUUUGGGGGCAGAGAAUACAAUGGCGACUGAGGAUGUAGAAAAUAGUCAUGCCACCAGGGCGGUGAAGGAAAUGGUGCAGGGAUUUAAUGGCAAUCUCGAGGGCAAGACCUUCCUCAACGAAGGAGCACUGAUUGAGUUGGAUGGCAAUGAUUAUAGGCCUAGAUUACAGGUCUUCUUUUUCCUCUUCAACGAUGUGCUAAUUGUCUGUAAAGUAAAGAGCGAUAAGCGCUUGGAAUUUCUUACCGAGUAUGAUCCCAGGAAAAUAGCCGUAAUCAACAUCAAAGACUUGGAUGGUGUUAAAAAUGCUAUUAAUAUUAUCACACCAGAUGGUUCCAAGAUUUACCAAAGCAUUACUGCAGCAGGAAAAACCGAGUGGAUCGAAAAGCUUGAAGAAGCCUUUCGCUUUGACCAGCAAAAGAAACCUAAAAAGGGCCAGGCGCCACAACCCCCAGCUCGAACCAAACAGCAGUCAAAAGCUUCUACGCCAGAGAAGGACAGCACUCCUCAGAGUCCUGGAGAGCCCAAGUCUCUAGAGGAUGAGACGCCCGAGUGGUUAAGCACGGCUAGCGAGGAGAUUCAAACCCUUGUGGCCCAGCGACAUUUCGAGGACGCCCAGGAGUUGAUCAAGCGUACCCAGGACUUCAUGCGUGGAGAGAACAGAAAGAAGGUUCCGCAGGCGGACGCAAUUGAAAGCAAGGUUAAGCAGCAGGAACUGAAGCUAAUUAAUGUGUUGCUUAAAGAGUUGUCCAACAGUCACAAUCGUAAUUUACAAAUUGGUCUGCGGGCCGCAAAACGACCAUUGAAGAUCCUCGUGGAGAUGGGACGCUACCGGCAAGCAAGUGCCACCCUUCUGAAGGUUUGCGCCGUCAGUUUGCGGGUUGCGCAAAGGGAAGCGCGCAGGAAUAAUGCCGAUAUUUCGGAGUUAUUCUUUUGUGAUCUCACACAGGUGGCCUGCGAUUUCCUUACGGCUUUUGAGAAGCAACCAGCGUGCGUUAGUGCUCUCGUGGUGUGGUGCAAUGCUGAGCUGCAAUACUUCGCAAGCCAACUGAUUAAACACUAUCUAACCAAGGGAACCUCCCUAGAGUCGGUCGCCAAAUGUGUGGAAAAAGUCCGAAAGCCAUCGACGAAACUUACAGAGAUUGGACUGGAUAUUAGUUAUCAUUUAGAAGGACUCCUACGCACUACGCUUGAGUCUUUGAUCGAUCAGUCGAAGGAGAGGCUGCUGGACUCCGUAGGACGAACUGAGGAGAGCUGGCAGCCGUACAACCUGCAAACGAAAUCGAAUCUGAAACGCCUACUCCUGGAGCUGGAUGCCUUGGGCAUCGAUGUACGGUCUCAGGCCACGGGCGACACCUGGAUAAAUCUCACCCAGUCGACGGUGGUUUUUAUCAGGCAUUUCCUACAGCUCACUGAGUACUGUGGCUGCCUAGCGAAAUGCGAAACCUUGCUGCAGAGUCUCGAACUUUUGCUAAAAGAACUAUUUAUUGCCCAGCAUUCGCUGAAGCCGCCCAGCGAUAUGGCCGUGGAUCCCAACUUUGUGAUGAAGAACAAGAUUUUCCUGGUGGACAACUUGCUGCCUAUUGCCAUCGACAAGUUCCGGCAGAUUUCUGGACGCCAAUGCGAGGGAUUACGGGAGUUGCACUCGAAAAUGUCCCGCCAGCAAGGUGCGCCGUUGCCGCGUCAGCGAAGCGUCUAUACCACAGAUGUGUUUUAAUAGACUACGGUGAAGAUUUACUUUCGAUUACAUAUAAUUUUUUAUUUUUUCGUUUUGCUUCAAUUAUUUAUAAUAUAAUUAUAUACAUAUAUAACCACAAUAAUAAUAAUAUUUGUAAAAUUAAAAAUCGAAGCGUGUGCUGCACUCUAUCUCUUGCUUAUUACAAUUUCGCCGGUCGCAUUAUAUAUAUAAUUGUAAAUAUAUAUAAAUCGAUUCGUUUUCAUAUAUACUCUAAACACUAAACAAUUUAGCUGUGUUCUACUGUUCGGUUUUUGUUGUUGAUGCGGCUUUUGUUGGGCUUAGCUGCUCAAAAUAUAGGAUUUUACAGUUGGUUCUGAAGAGUUGAGUUUGAUUCACACAA